AUGAGCUUGGGUCUCAUGGUUGGUAGUUCAAUGGAACGCCUCCCCGUGGACCCCGCUCAAACCCGCUCGAGGGUGAGGCAGCAUUGGACCCGACAAAUGAACAUAGGUCUCAUCAAUGCUUACUAUGAAAUAACAGAAGGAGAAACAAAGACGAGGAAAUACGCUGACCAACUAGCAGAACGAUGGCGGAAUAUGUAUCCUGACAAAGUGCUCACAGGAAAACACCUCAUAGCGCAAAUCAGAAAUAUCAAGACGCGAAAACUGUUGGCACCGGACGAAUUAGAGGCUCUCAAGGCCGCGGCAAUUAGCCGAUCACCAGCGGCAAAUAUCCGUAAUAUCAGGAGAAGCUUGCUAAGAAGAAGUUCCAUAAGAGCACCACAACUCAGACCCGAAGAAAGCGAUGAGACAGAUCAAGUGGAGGAACUGAACAUACUGGAUGAAGUUACCGAUGAUACAUUCCAUCUGUUCCAAGAAAUCAGGCUCAAAUGGGAGGGCACAGCCUUUGAGGUUAGACCAAAAAUCUCUAGAGUGAAAAAUAACCCAGAAUCAAGGAACUUGAUACAGCUUCUCGAUGCUGCCUUGAAAGACACGAUCCAGGCAUCCGCGAAUCUAGAAGAACUAAGCCAUAUUGUCUACAGUGCGGCUAUCACAGCCAACACCAUCCAACAAACAACAUCGAAAAUACGACAACGAGGACAUGGCCAACAGGGUAAACCUCCUUGGGAGAGCAGACUGGAGGAGAAGAUCAAGAAAUUAAGGAAGGAAAUAGGAAGUUUGCAAGCAUUUCUGAACACCCAGAGACCAAGCAGAAAAUUAGAAAAGAAAGUGCAGGAAUAUGCCAAAAAAGCAGGACUGAAAAGAAAAGAAAUUGAUUACCGUGUAAAACUUCGAACUCGCUUGGAGAUGCUGAAACAAAAGAUAGCUGCACUGGGCAACAGAAUAAGGAGGUACCACAAGAGAACUCUGAGAUACCGGCAGAACAACCUCUUCUCCAACAACCAGAGGGAAUUCUACAGAGGACUCGUAAAGGAAAAGGCAGAAAAAACAGAUUCACCAACACCUGAAGAGAUGGCAGAGUACUGGUCCAAAGUGUGGUCUCAGAGUACCAGUCACAACGAAAAUGCCGUCUGGAUCAAGACCGAGGAGGAAGAACAACGAGAUCCUCGGGAAAUGGAUGCAGUGAACAUCACAGAAGAGCACAUACGGAUCACAGUCAAGAGGAUGAAAAACUGGACUGCCCCGGGAGUCGAUGGCAUCCACAACUACUGGUGGAAAGCACUGAAAUCAACCCACCUAGUAUUAGCACGGCUUAUCAAGGGAGCACUCGAACAACCACACAUCAUUCCAACAUACCUCACACAAGGCAUCACCUACAUGAUACCCAAGAAAGGAGAUCUAAAGAAGCCAGAAAACUACCGCCCUAUAACGAGCUUGCCAUCGCUCUAUAAGAUAAUGACUUCCACCGUGUGGAGUGAGGUGAGUGGCAGGCAUUUUUGA